AUGCACUACAAACCAAGCAUAGCAGAGCGCAAAAAGCUGUUUGCGAAAAUCAUGAAGAAGCAAGAAGAGCGUAAGUAUCUCACACAAAAAACACCCAUCAACCCAUCAACCCAUCAACCAAUCCAAUACUAAUAAUCCCACAGUAGAAGCAAAGGAGAACCGAGAAGCAUUCGCCCAAUUACCACUUGCAGGCGUCGCGGAAGCUAAGUGGAGAAUCGAGACCAGGGACCGUAUUACUCCUACCGCUGAGUAUUACUCGUCUUUUACCAAGGAGCAUCGUGCAGAGAUGUACGAAGAUUUGCUUCUUACCUCGGAGCCGGAUUUUUAGAUCUGUAUAUAUACAUGGAUGUUGGAUUUGCAUGGAUAUGCGUGGAUAUGAAUGGAUAUGUAUAUGGGGGAAAUUUGUUAUUUUGAGAUAUCAUGUUCCCAUAUAUAUAGUCCUAGUCUUACAAUCCAUCCAUUUUUUUUACCACCUUACCCUUCUUUUUUUUAGUAUGUAUACUUCCUCAGUUUCACGGUGAUGAAUGCAUGUUCGCUGUUGAAGAGUGUAACGAACCCUAAAACUAAUUUCAAGUUAAUUAGUUCUAGCCCCUUAACUCGCUUAACUCCGAUACCCAUACUAAUUACCCCAUACUUUACUACAUAAUUACUACCAUGUAACUAAGUUCCUGAACUAUCCCUUGAAUGAAGCUAUAUUCUAUACGAUUAGUAUCUAGACUGACCCUAGAAAAUUCUUUCGCCGGUCUGGCGAAUGCUAAUCCCCUGAAUCGCCAUUUAAGUAAUCUUAUCAAAGGCUGAUGGAGCGCCAACCUGAUAAUAUAAUUUAUCGAGACAAACACGGUAAUUUCUUUACCAGAUUGGUAUUCAUCAUCUUUUACAUAUUUUAUAAUGGCGAACACUGUAACAAAUUCCCCGGUAUCGAGAGUUCAGUCCCCAGAUCGAAAUAUCUCCCUCUUCACACCAAUAUUACGUUUCUUUUUUAGCUCCCCGCCAUCGACGUUAUUUGUUCAAGUUCCCGAUGCCUCAUCUCCUCCAUUCGUCGCUCCAGUUUGCAAUUUCGCCUGGUUCUUCUGA